GCCGCCGCGGCGCGCAGAGGCGUCUGUAGAAGGGCAAGAAAGUUUUGCGGGGUGCGCUGAGCGGGCCGUGGGUGCACCUCGCGUUGCUCCCUCCCCGCUUCCCGGCGCCUUGAGCCAGUCGGCGGGGAGUGGGGGGAGGCAGCAUGGCCCGCGAGCCGGAGGAGGAGGAGACGGCGGGGGCGGCCGCCCUGGCCCGCGGCUGCCGGGGCUCGUCCGGCCCGGCCGGGGCCCGGGCGCCGCGGCCGCCCCUCUGGCUGCUCUGCCUGGGCGCGUGCUGGCUGCUGGGCGCCGUGGCCGACGCCGACUUCUCCAUCCUGGACGAGGCGCAAGUGCUGGCGAGCCAGAUGCGGAGGCUGGCGGCCGAGGAACUGGGGGUCGUCACCAUGCAGCGGAUAUUCAACUCCUUUGUUUACACUGAGAAAAUCUCAAAUGGAGAAAGUGAAGUACAGCAGCUAGCCAAAAAAAUCCGAGAGAAGUUCAACCGUUACUUGGAUGUGGUCAAUCGGAACAAGCAAGUUGUAGAAGCCUCCUAUACGGCUCACCUAACCUCUCCUCUCACUGCAAUUCAAGACUGCUGCACCAUCCCACCUUCCAUGAUGGAAUUUGAUGGGAACUUUAAUACCAAUGUAUCUAGAACAAUUAGUUGCGAUCGACUUUCUACCACUGUUAAUAGCCGGGCCUUCAAUCCAGGACGAGAUUUAAAUUCAGUUCUUGCAGACAACCUGAAAUCCAACCCUGGAAUUAAGUGGCAGUAUUUCAGCUCGGAAGAAGGGAUUUUCACCGUUUUCCCAGCACACAAGUUCCGGUGUAAGAGCAGCUAUGAGCAUCGUAGUAGACCUAUCUACGUCUCCACGGUCCGGCCACAGUCCAAGCACAUAGUAGUGAUCCUGGACCACGGGGCCUCUGUCACGGACACCCAGCUUCAGAUCGCCAAGGACGCUGCCCGGGUCAUCCUCAGUGCCAUCGACGAGCACGACAAGAUCUCUGUGCUGACUGUGGCAGACACGGUCAGGACGUGCUCGCUCGACCAGUGCUAUAAGACGUUCCUGUCUCCAGCCACGAGUGAGACAAAGAGGAAAAUGUCCACCUUCGUUAGCAGCGUCAAGUCUCUGGACAGUCCUACCCAGCAUGCGGUGGGAUUUCAAAAGGCGUUUCAGCUGAUUCGAAGCACAAACAAUAACACAAAGUUCCAAGCGAAUACAGACAUGGUCAUAAUUUACUUGUCAGCUGGCAUUACAUCAAAGGACUCCUCAGAAGAAGAUAAAAAGGCGACUCUCCGUGUCAUCAAUGAAGAAAAUAGCUUUCUAAACAACUCCGUAAUGAUUCUCACCUAUGCCCUCAUGAAUGAUGGGGUGACUGGUUUAAAAGAGCUGGCUUUUCUGAGAGAUCUGGCUGAACAGAACUCAGGGAAGUAUGGCGUGCUGGACCGGACAGCCUUGCCUGUGAUUAAGGGGAGCAUGAUGGUGCUGAACCAGCUGAGUAACCUGGAGACCACGGUCGGCAGGUUCUAUACCAACCUUCCCAACCGGAUGAUUGAUGAAGCGGUCUUUAGCCUUCCCUUCUCUGAUGAGAUGGGAGAUGGUUUGAUAAUGACUGUAAGUAAACCCUGUUAUUUUGGAAACCUACUUCUGGGAAUUGUAGGUGUGGAUGUGAACUUGGCUUACAUCCUUGAAGACGUGACGUAUUACCAAGAUUCUUUGGCUUCCUAUACUUUUCUCAUUGAUGACAAAGGGUAUACACUUAUGCACCCAUCUCUUACCAGGCCAUAUUUACUAUCAGAACCCCCACUUCAUACUGACAUCAUUCAUUAUGAAAAUAUCCCCAAAUUUGAGUUGGUUCGGCAAAAUAUCCUAAGCCUCCCUCUGGGCAGCCAGAUCAUCGCAGUCCCUGUGAAUUCAUCGCUGUCUUGGCAUAUAAACAAGCUGAGAGCCACCGGAAAGGAGGCCUAUAAUGUGAGCUAUGCCUGGAAGAUGGUACAGGACACUUCCUUUAUUCUUUGUAUUGUGGUGAUACAACCGGAAAUACCUGUCAAGCAACUGAAGAACCUCAACACUGUCCCCAGCAGCAAGCUGCUCUACCACCGGCUGGACCUCCUGGGCCAGCCUAGUGCUUGCCUUCACUUCAAACAGUUGGCUACUCUAGAAAGUCCAACUGUCAUGCUGUCUGCUGGUAGCUUUUCCUCCCCCUAUGAACACCUCAGCCAGCCAGAGACAAAGCGCAUGGUGGAGCACUACACGGCCUAUCUCAGUGACAACACCCGCCUCAUUGCUAACCCGGGGCUCAAAUUCUCUGUCAGGAAUGAAGUAAUGGCCACCAGCCACGUCACAGAUGAAUGGAUGACACAAAUGGAAAUGAGUAGCCUGAACACGUACAUUGUCCGCCGUUACAUAGCAACACCCAAUGGCGUCCUUAGAAUUUAUCCUGGUUCCCUCAUGGACAAAGCAUUUGAUCCCACGAGGAGACAAUGGUAUCUCCAUGCAGUAGCUAAUCCAGGUUUGAUUUCUUUGACUGGCCCUUACUUAGAUGUUGGAGGAGCUGGCUAUGUAGUAACCAUCAGUCACACAAUCCAUUCAUCCAGUACACAGCUGUCUUCCGGGCAUACUGUGGCUGUGAUGGGCAUCGACUUCACACUUAGAUACUUCUACAAGGUUCUGAUGGACUUAUUACCAGUUUGCAACCAAGAUGGUGGCAACAAAAUCAGGUGCUUCAUAAUGGAGGACAGGGGUUAUCUGGUGGCGCAUCCAACCCUCAUUGACCCCAAAGGACACGCACCUGUGGAACAACAGCAUAUUACCCACAAGGAGCCCUUGGUAGCAAAUGAUAUCCUGAACCACCCAAACUUUGUAAAGAAAAACCUGUGCAACAGCUUCAGUGACAGAACGGUCCAGAGGUUUUAUAAAUUCAACACCAGCCUUGUGGGAGAUCUGACAAACCUCGUGCAUGGCAGCCACUGUUCUAAGUACAGACUGGCGAGGAUCCCAGGAACCAACGCGUUCGUUGGCAUCGUCAAUGAAACGUGCGACUCUCUUGCCUUCUGUGCUUGUAGCAUGGUGGAUCGGCUCUGUCUCAACUGUCACCGAAUGGAACAAAAUGAAUGCGAAUGUCCCUGUGAGUGCCCUCUAGAGGUCAAUGAGUGCACCGGCAACCUCACCAAUGCAGAGAACCGAAACCCAAGCUGCGAGGUCCACCAGGAGCCAGUGACAUACACAGCUAUUGACCCUGGCCUGCAAGAUGCCCUUCACCAGUGUGUCAACAGCCGGUGCAGCCAGAGGAUGGAAAGCGGGGACUGCUUUGGUGUGCUGGACUGUGAAUGGUGCAUGGUGGACAGCGAUGGAAAGACUCACCUGGACAAAUCCUACUGUGCGCCCCAGAAAGAAUGCUUCGGGGGAAUCGUGGGAGCCAAAAGUCCUUACGUGGAUGACAUGGGAGCGAUAGGUGAUGAGGUGGUCACGUUGAACAUGAUUAAAAGUGCCCCCGUGGGUCCCGUGGCCGGAGGCAUCAUGGGCUGCAUCAUGGUCCUGGUCCUUGCUGUGUAUGCCUACCGCCAUCAGAUUCAUCGCCGGAGUCAUCAGCACAUGUCUCCUCUGGCUGCCCAAGAAAUGUCCGUGCGUAUGUCCAGCCUGGAGAAUGACAGAGAUGAAAGGGAUGAUGAGAGCCGAGAGGACAGAGGCAUCAGUGAGUACUCAGGCCGCCUCGCUGUGGAAUGUGCUGGCAGGAGGCUAACCCACGUCAGCAAUACUAGGUUUAUAGCUGCAGUCAUCGAACGACACGCACACAGCCCAGAAAGGAGGCGUCGCUACUGGGGUCGAUCGGGAACAGAAAGCGAUCAUGGUUACAGUACCAUGAGCCCGCAGGAGGACAGUGAAAAUCCCCCGUGCAACAACGACCCCCUGUCAGCGGGGGUCGACGUGGGAAACCACGAUGAGGACUUGGAUCUGGACGCGCCGCCCCAGACCGCUGCCCUCCUAAGUCACAAAUUCCACCACCCGCGCCCCCACCACCCCGCACUGCACCACAGCCACCACUUACAGGCGGCCGUGACAGUACACACUGUCGACGCGGAAUGCUAACGCUCCCCUCACCCCCGCCAGAAGACGGGACCUGGGAGGCACAAAAUGUUCUGGAGGGGAAGAAGAGCCAGCGUCAGAGACUCUGCCGCAAGAAUCCCCUCGCGGGGGCGCGUGUGUGUGUGUGCGCGCGCGUGUGUGUGCACGCGGGCCCCCGUGCUUCGUCCCGAGUGACUGAACUCCUUUCCUGCCCGUUCACCUGUUUCAAGAGGAGAGACAACAACAGACUCACACUCGUGAAAAUGCAAGGCCGGCUCCGAAACGGAGGGGAAAGAAGCCUGAUUAAUGAACCUGCCAUCAUGCUAAGGGAAUGGAACAGAAGGCAAACCUCCAAACAGAGAGAGACGAAACCUCUAAAUGAAACACGGGGAACCUUCGUUAAGCUGAGCCAGAGGAAUGUUCCAAGGAGCCAGAAACAUUCGGCUCUCUUUAACUGGAAGAGAGAGAAAUGUGCCCCACCGGAGAGUGAGCGAGCAGCACAUCCAGGGAGAAAUGUGUGCUUUGAAGAUGUCGCUUGGUUUCCUAGCAGUACCUAGAUACCACAGUUGCUCUCUGGAACUCCUGUUGAGCUCCAAAUGAUGCAUCUCAAAAUUUCUAAGUAAAGGAUUAUUUUUCUACUAUUUAUUGAACUUUCAAACAUUCUCAAACUUUGGGGGAAAGAAGACACAUGAGAAUUUUUCAGCAGUUAUCCCUAGCCGUUUUGUGUGUGAUGAAGUGGUUCUUUGAACUUAGGAGUUCUGUUAUUUAACGGAUACCAUCCCCCUGCCCCAAGUCCACAAAAUGGGAAAAUGAAGAAAUCUUUCUCUCUGACCUGUUUACAUACAUUUCCUUUAGAACAUCGUUUUAUGGAAACACAUCUUUAUUUGCAAUGCAGUAUUCUUUCUCUGUGUUUGACAGAGGUGGGGAGGACAGAGGAAUCCAAAAUGUUUUUAAAGAAAUUUUAAUGUUUCUUUUUAACUCCUUUCCACUCCCUGUACAAUGCUUUUCUUAGAUUUCUACAAAACCCAAUGUUAUAACCCCGGCCCUUCAGCUAAGGAGGGAUGGAUUUCUUCUUCUUGUGUUAGAGACUAUAAAUUUUUAAAUGUCCCAUUUUGAUUGUGAGAAUAGUGACUACAUAAAGAAAGAUGUUUUUAAGAUUCACGAUUGGGUCUUAAUUAAAGAUUUCUUCUGAUAUCCUAAUUCAGAGCUGCUGCCAGUUAUCCAAGAAGUUACCCACCAAACUGCUUUGUGAUGUAUACAGAGAUAAAUAAAAUCUGGCUAAUAUAACAUGGGGCAUUGUAAUUUUAAAGUAGUGUUCUAAUUACAGUGAUGUAUUUUAGAUUCACAUUUUGUGAUUCAAAUAUGUUAUAAAGGCAUUCUUGCACCGUGUGUGUGGUAAAUCUCCGUUUAUAUGUAGUUGGAAAAAAAAUUCACUGAAUAAUGUUUUAAUGAUAGGGUAUUAACGAUAUAAUGUAAAAAACAAUUGGUUCUUCAGCCGUACAGAAAGUAAACUAUAUGCGUGCUAUCAGGAAACCCCUUCAUACUGUGUAUAAAUUUGCAGUCUAGUGAAAUAAAAUGUAUGAAUGGACAGUUUUAGUGUUUAAUAGUGAUUUGUUAAAUGUUCCCCUUCUUGUGCCUCAAGGCAAAUUACAUUCACUUUGUAACCUAGCAGAUCAGUCACCAAACUGAAAGUAGGCCUCCCCUCGAUGCUGCUGUCAACUUCAGGGGUUUCUGGACAUCUUGAAUAUGCAAAAAAUUUAAGAAAAUAAUGGGAUAAAAUUAAAAGCAAAUGUUAGAAAAUGUGUGAAACAUAGUCCCUCCCCUUCCCCUUGCUGAGCAUCUACAUGCAUGUCAAUAAUAAAGAAAUGAUUGUUCUUGAAUUGCUGGAGAGAAUGGGUGACUUUCCUGUCUUUCCAGAAAAUUAAAUCUCUCCAUGGGACACCAGUUUGUUUCCUGAGGUUGAGAACCUUUGCGUGAUGACACUAGCUUCUUGAUGGGGGGAAACUUGGGGUUUUCAAGAAAAGAAUCACAAAACAUAGAGC